AUGGGAAGGCGACUUGCUGGCGCUGAUAGUGCGACAAGUGCCGCCAUGGAGGAGGACUGGUGCGGUGCCCCCUUCCUCCUGGACUGCUUCGACGGCGUGACGAUCUUCUCCAAGGAGACUGAGGGGACCUGGGGUACAGCACGUUUGUGCCUGAAGGACAUACGGCACGCGUCUGCCUUCGUUCGAAAGAUCUUGCCCCCUAAGGUGAUCACGGACAUAGUGAUCAAGUACAAGCUGGUUUCAUCCGCAAGGAAGGCAGAAGGCCUCGCGCAGGAUCUCAACAACUUGAGGCACCUCUCGCACCCUAACGUCGUCAAGUACUACAACGCAGUCCCCUACGAGCACAAGGGGAUCCGCCUGGGAGUGCAGGUGGUGUGCGAGUGGUGUGACAAGGGAAGCGUCCUUGACCUCCUCAAGUAUCAUAAGAAGCUCCAGCACAAGGGCAAGACUAGCCUGCAGGAGGAGGAGGAUGGUAGGAGACCGUUCCUGUCGACUGAGACGACGAGAGGGGUGCUGAGAGACGCGGUGAACGCUCUGUGUUACCUGCACGAUGUGAUCGGGCUGGUGCAUGGCGACGUCAAGGCAUCCAACAUCCUCUUGACCUCCUCUGGUCAAGCAAAACUUGCCGACGUUGGGCUGAAAGACUCCCUUGCUAGUGCGGACGACGAGAGCGAUCAAGUGAGGACAAGCUCAGGUUUGCGCAUGACGCGAGAAGAUCUAGGUGAAGAGGGCUGGGGGGUGACGAGCUGGUCUGAGGAGCUGCAUGCAGAUUGCUUUCACCUCGGCUGUGUGGCGUGUGAGAUGCUGACGGGGUCGCUCAUGGAGGAACGAUUCCAUGCAAGAUCCUUCUUCUCGCACUCGGAGCUGGUCAAGGAUCGGAUCAAAGUGGACGAGGUGAUGAAGGACGUGCGGAAGCGAACGGCAUGCCAGAGCUCCUGGUGCACGCAUUGCAGCGGCUGUGUGUUAAUCAACUUGGCUGCGAGAUUGAUCAGUCCAGGGGCGGAGAGGCGGAUGAAGGCGAAGAAGAUCCUAGAAGCCCUUGAUGAGGAGAACAUCGUCGUCAAGGAUGACAACCCGUCACAGAUUUCUUUGCCGCAUGAUAGGACGAGGGAGAUGUACGACUCUCUUGAAAUUCCUCCUCUCCUCAUCCCUUCAUCGCGCAACCACCGGCGGGACUAUGCGAACUCGCACCUCAAGGCGGACGCGGCAGGCGAGCUGCGCAAGUUUGAACUCGGAGCAGAGGCUGACAGGAGAGCAGAAGCAGCGAUGAGCUCGAGGGCGAAGGAGGAGCGAGGAGGUAUGAAGAAGAGGUCGACCCCUGCCCCUCACUUCCAGUCAGGCGCUAGGGGAAGAUCCGACCUCUCGAGCUUGUCGAGCAUGCGGGAUGUGGUCAAAAUGGUUCUCGAAGAUGUCGAAAGGCGAUCAGCCGGAGGAGGAGGAGGAGGAGGAGGAGGAGGGACGGGGGGACGGGGGUUCACUGUGGAUGAACUCGUCAAGUCGCUUGGAGAAGCACCCCACAGGAGAGCUUUCAACCUGGCAGACGACCAGCUGCAGCACGAGAAAUUUCUGUGCACGAAGCUCGCGGAGGAAGCAGCUGCUGUGUGGGCGGGAGGCAAGAAGGCUGCUGCUCUUGACCUUCUCCGACGCUCAAUCCUCCUCUGUCCAAGGGAUCUGCCCCUUCCUGUGCUCCGGCUCUGCGGGCAGAUGCUUGCACAGUUUGAACAGCAGCCAAAGCGACAGCAAGUUGGCGCGGAAGAGGAAGAGGAGGAGGACACGGUAGGGAAUGUAGAAGGCGGUGCUGCGAAACGGAUCUUGAGCUUCGUAGUCCAGAAGGAUCCCAGGGACAUCCAGUCAUCUCUCCUCCUGGCCCGGCUCACGCGCACAGCGGGAGAAGUCAGCGAGGAGGAGGAGCUUCUGUAUCAGGUGCUGGAGGAGCGACCACAUCACCGGGAGGCCUGGUACUCCCUCGCUCUCCUCAUGAUCAACCGCGGCGACCUCAAGGCUGCGGAAGAAUACCUCAGGAAGAGCCUCGAGAUUGAUCUCGAUUUCGAGCCUGCCGUCCAGCUCCUCACCUCUAUCCUCCUCAAGUCCUCGAGGACCGAAGAGGUCACAGAGCUAACGAGGAGGAGGGAGCAGGAGGAGUCGAGGAGGAACCAAGCGUCCUGGACGGGAUUUUCCAGAGCACACCAGGGAGUCUCAAUGGCACCAGCAAUUGUUGAGAAAGGGGCAAGAGGAGGAGGAGGAGGAGGAGGAGGAGGAGGAGGAGGAGGAGGAGGAGGAGGAGGAGGAGAUGUGGUGAUGGGUCAACGAGGAGGGGAUCGUUCACGUCCUCGACGUACACUCCGAGACUUGUAUGACGCAGCGAGACAAGAGCAGAAGAAGCAGGAGGACCAUGACGACGAGCAGCAGGAGAAGCAUCGGGAGGAGCAUCGAGAGGAGCAGCGGGAGGAGCAGCGGGAGGAGCAGGAGGAGCAGCGGGAGGAGCAGGAGGAGCAGCGGGAGGGGAAGCUGAGCGGGAGGCUGGAAAAGAAAGUGGAAGAGAAACUGGAUGCACGGCAGGAGCAGAGUCACUGGGUGGGUUUGCCUGCUCCUGCCCCUGCUCCUCCGUCCGCUGCCUCGUCGGAUGUGCCGGAGGAAGACUCGGAGUCAGAGAGGGCAGAGAGCUCGCGCUUGAACUGCAUCUCCUUCGUCAACAGCCUUGGGAACGUCGUACACGUGGUGGGGGCGAUGAACCAGCCGCAUCGCCUACCGGAGGACCCAGAGUUUGCGCAGGGGAAGUACAGAGACCGGAAGGAGUACAGGAGGGAGGAGGAGGAGGAGAUGAUGAGGGACCCCGACAGCGACGAGCUCAAGAUCCUCAAGAGGGUGAAGCUGAGCAUCGUGGCAACCAAGAAGAUCGACGGGACCCUGAGCAGCUUCGUGGGCUACGUGAUCCAGUGCGAGUGGGGGGAGGCGACGUGGCAGGUCAUGCGGAGGUUCUCCGAGUUCGUCAAGCUGGUGGAGCAGCUGGAGUUGAGGUCGGGGCGGAUGCACCUGAAGCACCUGCUCCCCCGCAAGGUGGUGUGGGGGAGCAGGAGAGAGUCGGUCGUGUCCGAGAGGCAGAAGCAGCUGGAGCAGGUGCUCCUCUUCGUCCUAUCCUACAACCACCACGAGAUACUCCAGCAUGACAACAACCGUAAGCUGCUCCUGCUCUUCCUCGCUGUUCCAAAGUCCCUCAACGAGGCCUCCUCGCUCCCCCGCGGAGUGCUGAGGAAGAACACCUCAUUCUCCAGCUCGGAGAUGGUGGCGAUAGAGGAGGAGGAGAAGUCGGACGUGAGCCAGCACGCUGGGAGCGUGCGGAGGAUCACGCUGACUGACGGGCAUCAUCUUGCUCUUUUCGACGACAACGGAAUCAUUCACAGUGAGACGAUAUUGGGUGCAACCCCGGAGAGGUGUCACCGUAAGUACAAGGGCAAAGGGAGGAGAACACAGGUGGGCUGGGGCUUCGAGGAGGAGGAGGAGGAGGAGGAGAAGAGGAGGGAGGAUACGCUUGACAGCAUGCUUGAGGCUGAGAGAGAAUUCUUUGCCUCCUUCUGCGAUGAGCAAGACCUAGAGGACUUGCAGCUUGGAGAAAAAGAGUCGGUGCGACGAGAAGGAGGAGAGGGGAGAGAGGGAACAAGAGCAGAAGGAGCAGGGGGGAUACAAGAAGGAGAGCAGGAGCAUGGGUUGAUAAGCCACCAGACAUCUCUUGACGAAGUUGAAGUUGCUGAACCUUUCAGCAAGCCGAACUUGCCACCUUGUUCGCUCAAGUCAGUCAACCAUCUUUCCGACGAGAAUCCUCAGAGAACAGACUUUAUUAUCUCACAAGCAUCUCUCAUCGCACAGCAACAAGCUGUUCAGCCUUGCAGGCCACCAGCUGACCACCUUGAUCCUCCUCCUCGUCCCUUUACAGAGAACCCGCAGGAGGAAGACAACAAGCGACCACAAGCAGCAGAAGGGCAGGUGGCUGCGGAGGAGGAUGAAGGGGAGGAAGAAUCGUUCAAGGAUCUGAAGCAGCUCGAGGAAGCCCUCAAAGACGCGCACCGGAGCUUGCAAGAGGCCACCCAGUCAGUCUUCCUCCUUCCAUCAGGAGCCGCGUAUGAGCUAGGGGACGAGAUCGAGGAUGCGGAGGAAGAAGAGCAACAGCUCCGGCGAGACUACAGCGACUUCGAGGCCACAGCAGGAGAAGAGCAGGACCCCUUGAGCUUCCGUGGUCCUUCUACUCCAUCCGACCUGCUCCAGCUGCCAGAUAAGCUGCUGGAGGAGGAGAGAAAUCACCCGCAGUUGAAUCCCAGGAUUGGAAUGCGGGUAGUGCUCUAG